AGUGAGAAGACUUGCAAACAUCUUCGCGUUUGAUGCGCAAAAACACCCUGUUUCGCUCUAAAGUACGUGCUCUGGUUGGCAAAGCACCCCUGGCGAGAUGCACGUCUUGCCUUUUUCCUCGCCUAAUCCCAAAUCCAAGCUUCUCAGCGUCUCUAAGCGAUAAGCAAGUAAAUUUGGACAUUGGAUAUCACGAGUCAAACACAUAUGAGAUUGCGAGGAAUUGCGUGACAUCUUUGCCAAAUCUACUGACCACGGAAAACACCUUCUGGCGGUUCGCCUCCCAAUAAGUUCGCCUGCACGGAAGGGUCACACAUUGAAUUGUGCAGAAUUUCACUGUUCUCCGAGUGCGGUGAUGUGACUUUACAGUAUUGCAACAUAUCAUCCUUGUUGUGGGCGCAGAGAAAGGACAUUCCGACACGUCGCCAGCAGUGCGAUACAAUAUUAAUGAGAGCAGUGUGAGCGGUGCUGAGAAGUCGGAGAAUCACGAUUGUCCAUUUGCAGAUGGUGAGAGAAAGUGUGGGACAAAUGUGAAAAAUGAUGUGUGAAGAUGAUCCCAUUGGGCAGUGCGGCGAUGCUUCCCUUGGGGCGAGCGCUGAAAAAUCAACACUGGACUGAAUCACGUGCCGAGUGGAUAAGGAAAACUCACGCAAUCAGCAUGAUCCGCAAUUCCAUUUAAUUGCCGAUGCCCGGUAGUCAGCAACGGUGCAGAGAUUGAGAUUCCACAGACUCAUGCUCAAUCCCAGCCAUACGCUCAGGGCGACCAAUUAUGCUGCUGAGAUAUUAAAUUCCACCAAAGUCUCUCUAUCACGAGCGACGAAGGGGCGGCAGUGAAAAAAGGAAGAUUAUCUCAAGUAUAUUCUCAGAGUUCACGGAGCACAAUAUUACACGGCAGAAUGAAAAUACUGUACCGGUUUCGUGUCUACAUAGGAUUCUGUCUGCUAAUCCUGCAGUCAAAAAUCAAAGAGAGCUUCACAUCAUCCACAGUGCAUCCCAUCGCUCUGCCCUAUUUCAAUUUUGAUGUGCAGCGCAACGUCACCGUGACGGUGGGACAAACAGCCUUCAUCCAUUGCCGUGUUGAGCGUCUCGGUGACAAAGACGUCUCGUGGAUACGAAAGAAGGAUCUCCACAUUUUGACUGCAGGCACACUGACUUACACGUCAGAUCAGCGAUUUCAGGUAAUCCGAUCGGAUAGCACAGGAAAUUGGACACUUCAGCUGAAAUAUCCCCAGAUUCGAGACACGGGCGUGUACGAGUGUCAAAUAAAUACAGAGCCAAAAAUGUCCCUCUCGUAUGUGCUGAACGUUGUCGAACUGAGAGCCACGGUGCUUGGACCAUCGGACAUGUACGUGAAAUCGGGAAGUAGCAUUCGGAUUGUUUGCCGAAUACCACAAGGACCACAUGAUCUGGGCAAUGUGUUCUGGUACAAAGGUGCUGAAUUGCUGCAAGCAACACAUGCAAAUGAAGUUUAUGCUGACAAAACCCAAAGAAUAACAAUAGACUCUGAUUGGGUGGAUGGAUUGACUUCCAGAUUGAUCAUCCAAAUGGCUGUGCCCAGCGACACGGGAAAUUACUCUUGUGUGCCCACAAAUGUUGCCAAGCCAGGAAGUGUUUAUGUGCACGUAAUUAUUGGAGAACAUCCUGCAGCGAUGCAACACAACUCAGCGGAAAGCACAAGGAUCUGUGGUGCAUUCAUUGCUGUGACAUUUCUAGUGCAGUUCGCCACCAACAUUUGGCCGUGCGCCCACUCUGCCACCCACUUCUUCAGUCAUGCGAGAUGAAAGUGCGACGCGAAUUGCGCUCACGCAGAAUUGGAGUGACUUUGACACUUGAGAUUGCAGCAAUUCCCAGGAACGGACGAAUAAUGUGAACUUGUUGAAUACACACAGAUUCAUCUUCCACUCGCGAGGAAAUCAUCAAUAAUACUAUAGGGAAAAUACUUAUGCUUCUCAUGCGAAAGUAACUAACUUAAUUUUUCACUCCAUGUCACAAGGAAUGGGAAAACUUUUGUACGCCAAGCAAAAAUAUUAUUUCACUGAAUUUUUCACACUCUCUCUCUUCUCAUCAUGUCAAGAGCUUUCUUCCUCCACAAUUCCUUGCAAUGAUGACUGACAGAUUAGGAGUCCUAAUCCUCGGAAAAAAGUUCUUCACCUCUCACUCAAGAUGAAUAAUAAUGCUAGAUAAUUGCCAGCAAGUUGAGGAAGUAUUUGAAAUAUGCAGACGAAAGAUCUAAACUAAAUUGCAAUCUUCAUGCCUUCUUUUUAUCACUAAGAUUCAUUCAAAUUGGAGAUUUUGUGCAAAAACAAGAGAUUUUUCCAACUUCUCAUGAGCUUAGCAUUAGAGAAAAGCAGGACACUUUCGGACACACAAAUUUCUUUAAUAAAUCACAAAAUCUGAUGAUUGAGAAAGCGCAGUUUGAGGCGAAAAAAUGUAUAAUUAAUCAAUUUUUUUUCCUAGCAAUUUUAACAAUUGAUCACAAAUAAUGAAUAAAUCGCACUGAACAAAAUAGCUUUGCCUCACCCUAAAUUGCAGAAUUAUCAAAAAUGCUCUUUAAGCAUGAUUUGCGUUAAAUCUACAAUCUAGGCGUCUUUGAAAGUUCUUAUUGAACGCCAAAAAUAUUCUCAAAAACUUUAUGCUGACUUAAGAGAUGAAACUUUGGGAGCUGAUUAAAAUCAUUCUUAGUGGAGAAAUUCAACGAAAUCGAAGCGCAUCUUCUGCUGAUCACUUCUGGGGCGAUUUACCUGGUUUGCUGAAAGUAAAUUUGGACAAACCUUUUCCUAAUCUGAGCUGGAGGAAAAAUUAAAUUGCAGGAAAAAAAAGUCCGCUACCAUUGCGCGCUGAGGAAUAAAAUUGAGAUGAAAAUGGCUACAUUUAUUGUGUGAGAAAGUUUCUCGUGAAAACAGUGCCGAGAUGGAGGGAAAAAAAAACCGCCCUGCAGAGGAAGAGGAAACCUUGGGGGGAAAAAAAUAAGAAGAAAAGUGGAGAAAGUCGAAAGAAAGACCUCAUCCCACAGCGCGAAGCUCGGUUUCCAUUUUUCAUUAUUCGAGUGAGAGAAAAUAAGAUAAAUUAAAUCAAGAAAAAGUUUUCCCAUUUCCCCAGCAUCCACACAUAACCCGCUCAAUUUGGGGGCGGGAGAGAAGUUUUUAAUAAUUUUCUCAAGAAGUAAAUAAAAUAGUGUAACAGAAACUAUUCUCACGAAUGCGAGCCAUGGCCAGAGAUCCACUUCGGUGAGUUCGUGUGCCAUAAAAGAAGAAGAAGGAACUUCUUUCUUCCACAACUUCAGAAGGCAACCAUAAUGUUGUCUGAGAGAUACAUAAAUUUAUACUUUUGCCAUUUCUCACGAUAAAUCCGCGUGGGUGGCCGAAAAAUUGUUCAAUUGAUACUGAGAAGCUCCCGGGGAAAUUGAAUGAAAUAUUUAAGACAACAAAUAUAAAAGCUGUUCUGGAGUUUCUGACGACGAUUUUGUAUUCUUCUGCAAAUUGCGUGUGUGCUUUAAUGGUACAUUUGUGACGCACUUGAAAACUUUUUCUCUCUCUUCACAACCCAGUGAGAAAUUGAUGAUUUUCUCAGAGGAUGGACACAAUUUUCGCUUUGAGACUCUCAUUGUUGGAUCACAUUUCCAAAAACUUUUCCACACACACAAUUUUCGGAACAAUGCCAGAGCAACAUAUCACAUUUUACACCCAAAAUCACCCUUUUUGAGCCAAACAAACUGUAACUAACUUCCAUGGGCGUAGCCAAGAAGAGGCGAAAAGCAAUACACUUUCCUGAGUAAGCCACGCCCACAUUAAAGCCCCGCCCACAUCUUCGCUUAGUUUAUCGAUUUGAUUGGAGAAUCUGAUGUAAAGCAGUUCUACAUCGUCGAGAAAAACACCAAGAGACUUCGUGGAAAGUAGUUAAUGCAUGUAAUAAAUUAAGAACUAUUGAUCCUGCAUUAAGCACUGUUCACAGGAUCCACUAGAUUUAAACCUAAAAGGAAAGAUCCAAAGAACAGAAUCUUCGAUUCCUCUAUGCAAGGCUUUAGCAAUGGGAAAAUGCCACAAGUGGUUAAUGAGAGGCUUUAAAGCACUGUAACGACAACAGAUGAAUUGUCAAUGCAAACAGUUACUCAGGACGAGAGUGAGCCUAGUUUGCAAACAUUGUUAACCUUGGAUUUACCAUGAGAGUGUAAAAAUUACCAAUUUCUAGCUUACAAUGUAAAGAUUUUAGAUAAGUAAGGAAGAAUUUGAUUGGAAUUAGUGGUAAUUCAUAUGUAUUAUUAUUAGAAUGUAAAAAGAAUGUAUAUCAAUCGUCUCCCGAAACCUGCAUUUCUUAGACACAAAAUCCUCAGAUUUACCAAUAUGAAUCCUUUUAACACUGUUUCUCAAUCGACUAAAAUCAAAUGUGUCAAAAGAUGUCAUUUUGGUAGAUCUAGUGAUGAAAAUUCCGUGGUAAAUCUAGUGUUAAAGAACGUGUAAGAUGACUUGAAUGUGUUUUUUGAGCCUGGCUACGCCCUUUGCUAUCACUUCUGCGGUAGAAGGCAAGAGUUUACACCCAAGAAGAAUAAAGAAUCCCCUUUGUAAAUAUGCGACUUAAAGAAAAAACCCAUGAGAAGCUGUGUCGAAAGCCCCCUAAAUUGCACACAGAUUCAAGAAGGUAGAUAAGAAAAUAAAAUAUAACUCAUUGUAAA